AUGAAGGAAGAAGCCGAGGCAAAGAUACGACUACUCAAAGACAAAACCGACGCAGAAAUCCAGCGGCUCAUACAAGAGACUUUCAGUAAGAGUACAGCGAUCCGCGAAGCGACUAAGAAAGACCUUGGACUUCUCCAGGUCACUUCUGAAAGAAAGACCCAGGAGCUGGAGGACAAACGUACUGCGAGAAAGCGCAAGCACGAAGAUGACUACCAGGAUAUUGAGAGCGAAUUUGCCACGCGCUUGAAAUCUCUAGAAAAAAGCUGCAUUACCGGGAACUCCGCCACCUUCCGCGCCUCUGGAAGUGCCAACCGAUCCUCUGCCAGUCAAAAACCCGUCGACAAAUCCAUCAUCAUCGACUGA